AUGUCUAUGUCAGACUCUCUUACUGCAGAUGAGAAGAGACGCUUGCUCCGUGAAAGGAGACAGGCAAAGAUGAACGCCAAGGCCACUGACAGACUCAACACCAUCUUGACAUCCGGAUCAUCAGUGAAGGAAACUGCAUCAUCUCCAUUGGAUAAGAAGCCAACCACAACCGAAGUGCCAGUUCACUCAGAUGCAGUUAGGACUGUCUCCGUUCCUGCCGUGAGUUUGCGAGAUGACGACGACGAUCCUGAAGAUGUUGACAUAUCUGCCCAUGGUACCCCACAACCCCCAUCGUUCGCUGGAAGUGCUCCUCCUCCAGCUGAAGACUUUGAUGCUAUGCUAAACAAGCUAUUCGGGGCUGGUCCCGCCACUGGAGGUCCGGGAGCAGGUGCUGCUGAUGGAGAUGCCGAUCCUUUUGCCAUGAUGAUGCAAAUGCUCAACUCUGGAGACCCCUCCGGAGGGGCUGGUGGCUUUCCAGCAAUGGCCAAUGGUGCUGAGGGCGUGCCAGAUUCCCUGUACCAAGCCAAGCUCCAGCAAUACUACGCAUACCAACAGAGGAAGACCAAGACCGUAUUCUUUAUCGUAAGGUUUAUCACCACGGUGGUCAAUUUCUUUUAUCACUAUCACAAUUCUCCGGAAAAUGCCUUCCAGGCCUCAUCCCAGGCUGCUAUCCGUCAGUUUGAAUUCGCUAAGUCCGGGUUCUUCUCUUGGUUCAUAACAAUUGAGGUCGGAAUUCUUGCUACGUACUUCUUCGUAGUGUCCAGUACAAAGUACGUUGCUAACGACGGUAAUCUUAUAUUGAAAGGAAUAUCCAUGGCAUCCAUGUUUCUUCCUCAAGUACAACAGUAUAGGCCCUUGAUCUUGAGAUUGUUGUCAUAUUGGGAGGUCUUGGGUAUGUUCUUCGGGGACGUUGCAUUAAUUACAUUACUAUUUGGUUUGACCAGUUACUUUGGUUAA